UGGAUGCAUUAUAAUCGCUUGAACGGGUAUUACAACGGUGUGAGGACAUUGGUGCCGUUCAGUCAAUGGGUACCUGAGAAUGGAUGGAAUCUGACAGAGCCGCUGACUAUGAGGGACGAGGAGGAGAGGAAGGCAGGGAGGGCGAAUUUACCUACAUCACCACCCAUGGAGCCGGUGAUGUACAAUCCAUACCCGGAUUAUGCGUCGGCGGAGUAUUUGCAGGAUCAUCAUCCCGUUGCAACGUGUUUUCUGGAUGAGGAAGAGACGAUGAAAUUGCCAGAGGUCAUGGCGUAUCCUGGUGUUCCACAACAUUACCCCGAGCCGCUGUUUGGGUCGCACAAAACGCUUGGAUUGCGGGAGGAUGUGUGCUAUGAAAGAUUUGGACGAUUAGGACCGUAUGGAUAUGGAGAUAAAAAGGUACAGGAUGGAUAUGGACCAGGAACGAACUCAGAACAUGCUGGGAGUGAAAAGGUGUUGGGAGCGAAUGCACAUGUCGACUACACGAAUAUGGACUGGGGUGCGGCACAGAAGAGAUGCUACGAGAAGAACAAGAUCAGGUUUGCAGAGGACAACACAUCGACCAAGACGAGAGUACCACGACAAGCGUAUAUCCUGCGAACAUGGGAAGGCUUCGAGUACGACCAACACUACAUGUUCACGCUCCGAGCGAUGAUCAACGAACUCUCCCUCAAAUCCGGCGGAGAAUACGACGUGCACUUCCUCGUGCACAUCAAAAACAACAGCAUACCCAUCUGGGCCGACGAGGCCACCUACAAUGCCACCCUGGCCGCUAAUGUACCUGAGGAGUUCCGCUCCAUGGCAACCCUCUGGUCAGAAGCCCAACUUAUCCCCUACUACCCCGAUCCGUUCGAGAACAACUUCGCCAACAUGGCCGGCUCCUCCAUCCACGGCGUCUACCGCUCCGCCCACUUCGCCCUCCAAUGGUUCGCCCAGCAACAUCCGGAGUAUGACUACUUCUGGAAUUGGGAAAUGGACCUCCGCUACACGGGCCACUACUACGAAUUCCACAACGCCGUCGACAAAUGGUCUACCUCCCAACCCCGCAAAGGCCUCUGGGAGCGCGGCAAACGCUUCUACAUUCCCUCCCUCCACGGGUCCUUCCAAAACUUCACCCAAUUGGUCGAAUACGAGACCCUCAACCUGGACAAACCGCUCAACAACGAAGUCCAAUCCGGCCCAGUCCCAGUCUGGGGUCCAGUCAACACCUUUGAAAACGCCGGCAUGCUCCCCACACCCAACAUCUCCCUCCCACCCACCUCCUACCACAACGACAAAUACACCUGGGGCGUCGGCGAGUCCGCCGACCUCCUCGUCUUCAACCCCCUCUUCGACCCCUCGACCACCAACUGGGUCUUCCGCGACGACGCCACAGGCUACCUCACCACACUCCCCCCUCCACCCCGCCGCGCGGCCAUCAUCACCGUCGCCCGCCUCUCCCGCAAACUCCUCCAAACCAUGCACGCCGAAACGUUCGCGAUGAAACACACCAUGUUCCCCGAAAUGUUCGCUCCGUCCGUUGCCUUACACCACGGGUUCAAAGCCGUGUUCGUCCCGCAUCCGGUGUACUUUGACCGGGAUUGGAAGAGUGAGUAUGCGGGCGAGGUGUUUAAUCAUCCGAAAGAGGUGCAUGAGAGUCCGUUUGGGUGGGGGGAACAUAAUCUGGGGGGGUCGAGUUUUUAUUAUAAUUCGGGUUUCUCGGGGGCGUUGUGGAGGAGGUGGUUGGGGUUGAGUGAGAAUGGGGAGGGGGGGAGGAAGUGGGAGGAGGGGAGGGAGGGGACGGGGAGGAUGUGUUUGAGGGGGAUGUUGUUUCAUCCUAUUAAGCAUGAG